UAUACGUUUUAAACUAUUAACAGAAUGAACACAUCUGUGCUUACUGUGCAUGAUAAGAUAUUGUGGAUUCUAUUUUGCAAUUCAAUUAUAUAAACGUCUUAGGAUUUUAAUAGCGUCAAUUUGUCAUUCUUCAGAAUUAAUAAUUGCUCCUCGGAACUCAGUUUAAAAAAAAACAAACAAAUUUAUUGAUACAGGGGAGAAUCAAUAAAGAAUUAUCAACAUUCAAACACGCAAGGCAAUUAUUUCGAAAAAGUUGAUGUGGCUGAUCCAUGACUAGCAGCGCCUUCGGGAACUUAUACGUCACCUGAAAUCAGGGAAGGUUGAGCUUUAGAGUCAACUAUAUGUGCUGAUAGGACCACAGAAUCAAUCAUAGAUCUUUCUUGACUCUUAGAAGAACAGGACAUUUCAUUAUUUUGAUUGAAAACUGGGAUUGCUUCCCUACUGUCAGAUAAAAGUCUUGCAUCAAAAACCAAACUUUGUCUCAAAUUUUACAAAGGAAAUUUCUCCCAUAUACUGAGAAGUUUAGUGCUGAUCUCCAUCAUUUCAUCCCAUAUAACUCUGAAUGAAACAGGUUCAAUUUUGUCUAACAUUUUGACUUUGUGUAACUUUGCAGACUUCUUAAAAUUUACUGAGAUCCUUUUAUCAUUUUCAUAUGUGUUAGGCCAAAAGUUGAUAAACAAAAUAAUUACAGAACUUGGUCAUGUCGGCUCAAAGUCAAGAUCACAACUCAGGGUCUGUUUUAAAGCGAUGGAAAUUUCAAAAUACAUAAUCUAGGUAAUUGACGUAUCAGAUUAAUUCCCUUGCUUGUGGUGUGAUGCGAAACAAUAUCACCGAUCCCGAAAUUGACACAAAGUCGAAAAGUCGAACAGUAACUUAUUUCACUGCACAUGCUUCCAGAAAAUUGGGAGCCCGUAUUGACAAUCGGCAACUGCAAGCAUCUAUCUCAUAACAAGCGUUGCUGAUAAGUGCAGCAUAUCGUGGAUCUUUGGUUAGAAAGUCUCUUGCUAAUAUAUUUACAUUUGAAACAAAAGCUGGAUUUCGUUGUCAAUUCUUUCAUUAUUCUGUCCGUUUGUUACGUUAAUAGACACAAUUAACCUCAGAGCGUUUCAUGCCAAGUGUGACACAUAUUUUGUGAAUUUGAAAAUUGCUCCAAUUUUUACCCAUACGAGUCACCUCGGAGAACAGUAACGUGAAUUGCAAAAUUGCAAAGAUCUCUCUUCAAGUGGAAUCACAAAGGAGAACAAAGUUAACGAAUAGGUCGUGCCAGUGGGACUGAAUUUUAAAUGUGAACAAGGAUUAACUUAACUGAAAAAGAAAAUUUGUCUGAAGAGAAUACCAUACGAGUACGUAUUACAUACAAGACGUCGGACUCUGUAUUAGGUCCAAGACCAUAGUAUUACAUGGAAAAUUCACACGAAAAGUUACAAGACGAAACUGUCACUAAGCCGGAUAUUCAUAAAGUCUGCAGCCUUGUGUCUACGUCUGAAAACAUGGACGAGGCGUCUCAGCGUAACCUGAUAAAUGGAAAGCGCAUUAUAGUAGUUGGAGGUGGCGGUUAUAGCAUGAGAAACAUAUGGCCGGAUGCAGCAAAAUAUGGAAUAGAGGUAAUUCUUGUGGAAGCAAAUUGUCAGCAUACUGCCAAAGAUUGUGUACCUCGUUUUAUCCAUUACGACUUCUCUGAUCAUAAAGUCGACGGUGUGCAUGCAGCUGAAAUCGUCAAUUUAAUACAUGGCCGCGGAAUCAAGGCAGAUGGAUGUCUUUCCUUCUGGGACGAAUGUGUACCUUUGGCAGCUUUGAUGAAUGAAAAGUUGGGAACAAAAGGUCCAAGCUUCAACGCAAUGAUGACAGCUAAUUCGAAAGCAAGAACUCAAAAUGUUUUGAGCAUGCGCGGAGCAGAUAUUUCUCAGUGGCCUCGGGCGGACAUGUAUUCAACAAAGGCCGUACAUCUGACGACAGAAAUGGAUUGCGACAAAUUGCCUGAUAGCUUUAGGUUUCCUGCAAUAUUGAAACUAGAUAACGGCUCGGGUGCAACUGGUGCUUGUGUUGUCGAAAGCAGGGUUGAAUUAAAGAGGGAAUUCUGUCAGAUAACCAGUUCACUUCGGAAUGAUUCGGACUUUCCCGGCAUUGGGCUAACUCAUGGCAAUUCAAUGAUGACAAUGGAGUUUUAUGGCGGGACUGAGCAUAAUGUUGACGUUAUCAUAUACGACAACAAGCUUAUUGCUGCUUUUAUCACAGACAGUGGUAUAACAAGACGACCCUAUUUCAUUGCAACAGCUAGGCGUAUGCCGUCAUUCCUUUCUGAGGACAAACAAGCACGGCUUAUUGAAGCGGCCUAUAGAUGUUGUUUACAGAUAGGACUGUCCAAUGGUACAUUUAAUGUCGAGUUUAAGCUGACCGAGAAUGGACCAAAGCUAAUUGAAAUCAAUUCAAGGAUGGGCGGAUAUUGCUUACGGGCUUGGUUGAGGAAAUUAUAUGGUAUAGACAUGAUGCUAUACUCUAUGAUGAUUGCAGGCGGUAUUUCUCCCUAUGUGCGUACACGUCCUGUAGAUAAAAUACUUAUUGGUGUUAUGGUCAUACCAGCAUUGCAUGCGAAAAUAUUAAAAGAAGAGCCACUAAGAACCCUGCUGUAUAGCAUGAUAGAGAAAGGGGAGAUUGUUUUUCUACAGUUUUACAAACUGAGUGAGAAUUUGCCUCCUUAUGACGACCCUUUCGGCAAUAUUGCUGUUUCUGGUUCCACAUCACAAGAAGCAAAACUAAAAUUGAUGGAAGUUUGCAAAGUGCUGGACAUUGAUCAACCAGACUAUCAAGUGGAGCAGUUUAUACAAAAUUUUUAGAUGAAAAGACAUUAUAUGUUUUACACAUUUGGUGCUUUUUAUAUUGAGCAAAUGGAUGUUUCUUUCAGUACAUGUAUCUGAAAAUAUCAUAUUUUAGAGUAAAGUUACGUUCACAUAAACUUUUAUCUGGUAAUAAACGCUUUAUAUAAUCAA